AUGGCCUGCUCACGUUGCGGGAGGGCUUCCGCAGUCAAUUGUGAGAAGUGUGCAGAAGGGCUGGAGCAGAACGGCGAACCUUCUCAGAUCUUGUACUGCGGACGACAGUGCCUGGAAGCCGACAAGAAGGCUCAUGCGAGCGACUGCGGAUUGAGGAUUGACCGCUUGCAGCUCUUCCGCGCCGGCAAGCUGGUCCAGGAUGCCUUUCUCCAGAGUCGCGAACAACCCUUUGAUCUCUGCAUCGAGUCGGUGAAGAAGAAUGGUCACCGGUUGAUCAUGAAGGAACCCAAGGUUUACAAGAAGAAUGGACCAAUCUACUUCGAGUUCCCGAACGAGAUGUUCGACAAUGAGCGCGACAAGAAGGCUAUGUUGACCUGGAUGACUUGCAGCGAUGGCCUGGCGCAAAUGUUCAACCUCUUAGAGGCUGCCGUCCAGGGUCUGUUCACCAAAGCUUCGGAAGUGUGUCUUCAGCUGCGGGCGGAGCUAGCACGAAUUGAUGACGGGUCGAACUGGAGACUCCGGUGGUCCAAUGGUGGAUGA